AUGGGAAGAUCAAAGUUCCUAUCAAUGCUUCUAGUCUUCACAAUCUAUCAUUGCUGUGUGACAGGUCUAUCUGUCAAGAGUAUAGGUGGUCAGAAAAGAAAAUUGAGAAGCGAAAAAGAGAUUAAAUGGCUUUUUGCAGAGUGGCAAGUGAAGUAUGAUAAAUCGUAUGAUACGUCAAUGGAAGAAAGUAGAAGAAUUAAGAUAUUUAAGGACAAUUUACGUUAUAUCACUGAGCACAAUCGCCCAGAGAAUAACCAUUCCUUCACUCUAGGAUUGAACCAAUUUGCUGAUCUCACUACUGAAGAGUUUGCAAGCAUAUAUCUCAAUAGUCAUCUUAACGUAGAACCAUCGUCACAUGCAAGUGAUCGUUACAUGCCUAAAGAGGGUGAGCAACUCCCUAACUUUGUUGACUGGAGACGUGCAGGUGCUGUGUCUCCUGUGGAAUAUCAAGGCAAUUGUGGUUAGUAUAUCAUCUUUUGUAUAUUGAUAUAUUCUAUGAAUGAAUUUAAUAUCUUUAGAUAAAGGAUUGCAAAUGUUCAUAAUAGUUAGUUUUCAAAACAUUCCAUAUUCACAUUUUAAAAUUCUUUAUUUAUCUUCCAGUUGACAUUUUGUUCUUAUUUCAUGAUCAACAUUAUGCAAACACUCUUUGAGUUCAUAUAAACAACACUAAACCUGUGGAUCAACGAAAGAUAUCCAUAAGAAUUUAGAACUCACCAACAUAUUUAUCUAAGGUCACAUAAGUCUAUAACACAAAAAAAAAUCAUGAAUCAUAAAGAAGUUUCUCCCAAAAAUCAUGAAAAUAAAUGAAGAUAGAAGAAAAGUUAAUUCCAUUCCCUUCAUUGAAAUCCCUUAUUUUCAUUUAUUUAACUAUCAUUUUUCAGCAUUAUCACUACCCUUGCUUUAUUUCUUUAAUAUCAUUUCAGAUGUACCCUCACAACAUUAAGUGACAAAACACAUAUUUAACACAAUUAAUUUAUUUAUCAUUAUCCAAAAAUACAUGCCAUUUGUGAAAUUUUCAAAUUCGAAAUUUAUAAUGGAGAUGAUAUCAUUUAUUUUAUCAAUAUCUUCUCUUUACAAUUCAUGAUGAACAUUUUUUAUCGUAAUCUACAAGUCUAGAGUAAAACUUGUAGAUUGAUUUGGUGUAGUGAUAGUUGAAUUAGCGUAGUUGUGUAUCUCUCCAUGUUCUUGUACUCUCAUAUUUUAAAUUACAUUCAUUUAUUUAAAAUUCUUGUAUAAAAAAAAUUAAAAUUUCCAUAUUUUAGUAUAUUUGUGAGAAUGAGGGAUCAUAAUUAUGUAACAUAACCAAACAAUGCAACAUGAAUCAAUCAAGAUUUGCAGAAAACCUAAAAUUAAAUAAGCCCCAUACUUGAUCAUGCUCAUUGUCAUGAAUUUUCCAUCCUUAUUUAACUCUAACUAAGCAUUGACAUAAACAAAGGGAGUUGUUGGGCGUUUUCGGCUGUUGGCGCUAUUGAGGGCAUAAAUCAAAUAGUCACGGGAAACUUAAUGACCCUUUCAAAGCAAAAUUUGGUGGACUGUGAAAGACUUUCUAAUGGUUGCUUUGGGGGCCGUACAUCGUCUGCCUUUCAGUAUGUACAAAAUUCUGGUAUUGACACUGAAUCUCAUUACCCUUAUCAAGGAGUUCGGCAACCCUGCAAUCCAAUCAAGGUAAUAAUAUCAUGUACUCUUAAUAUGCUUCCUAACACACCGUAGCAACAAGUCAUAAUAAAUAUUUGAUCUUUGCAGGAGAGUGUUGUCUACAUUGAUAAUUAUGAAGUCAUUCGAUCUAGAAACGAGAUUUCUUUACAAAAAGCUGUAUCAAGUCAGCCUAUUAGUGUUUCAAUCAAAUCUAAUAGUACAGACUUUAUAUUUCACAAAAAGGUAAGUGACUCAUUGUGCUGUAAACUUGUUUUGGUAAAGUCAAAUAAUACUUUUAAAUUCUUAAUGAUUUAUUGAUUUCCACAUGGUAAAUAUGUUUAGGUGACCUACAUAGUUACAUCAUCCCAUACAUUUGGAAAAUUAAAUCAUACCUGCAGAAGUAUGACAAUAGUUUAGGGAAUUUAAGAUCAUCACCUGAAAUUUAGAAGCAUAUAAAUUGAUUGGUAUGCAUUUCUCAUUUAGACAUUUAGAAGGUCUUAUGUUGUUACCUAAUGGAGUAUAAUAAUUGUAGUAGUUUAAUGAGAACUAGGUUAACCAUAGAAUAAUCACUAGAAGCUAGUGGAAAAUGGAUGUGGGGUAUGCUUCAUUUAAUCGAAUGCAAAUAAGUUCUCACAAAUGUAUGUUGUUUUGAGCAAAUAUUAUUACGCAAUGGUAUUUGUUUUUCUGGUUUGAGUCUUUUGUAAAGAAGCCAUCAAAUAGUAAGCACACAAUGAAAAUUCCCAUAAGUUUGUUGCAUUUUUUUUAAGAUUUUACUAUUAUACAUCAUGUACCUCAACUCAUCUACUUCACUGUCUCAACAAUCAAUCUAACACUGGAUUCUAGAUCAUUAAUCAAUAGACAAAAUUGUUGGAUCACAUUUAAUCGCACAUGAUUUGUGUGCAAACCUUAUCAUAAUAAACAAUUUUGGUCAUAUAGUAAGAAAAGCAAGCAUAAAGAAGCCAAACAUGAAAAAUCUACACAGACAAACAUUCAAUUUAAAUGGUUUCUUGGAUCUUAUGCCAUACGUAUUAAAACAAUUGCAACUGUAACCGUUUCAUAUCUUCUAGGGUGUUUUCUCUGGAAGAUGCGGGCAAAAAUUGGAUCACGGGGUUCUCGUCGUGGGAUAUGGCCGCGAGGACGGAAAGGAUUAUUGGCUUAUUAAGAAUUCUUGGAGCACAUUCUGGUCAGAAAAUGGAUACGGCAAAAUCGAACGCAAUAUAAAUGCGCCGUUCGGGAAAUGUGGUAUUGCAAUGAAUCCGUCCUAUCCAGUAAUAGACAAGCCUUACCGUCUCUAUGGGCAGUCUUCAAAGACCAUACAGAAGAUGCCUCUGGCGGGCGCAUAG